UUGACACUAGUCUUAUCCGUUGCCUGGCUGACUGUUACUUUGCCGCCUGUUGAUAGUCAGUAACCGUUUUGUCGCUUGCUGCCUUUCGAAUGCAAACUGAGUAACUUUACAUUUGCUCGACAACGAAACGGACAACUUCUGGAGGGAACCCAAAACUGCUUUCUCACGUUAGUUGUUGUACGCCUCAAUGGACACUGUUCAGAAUUUGAAGGCUGGAUUUUCUCUGGACCUGGGACCAUUGAAAGAACCUCUAGGAUUUAUCCGUGUCUUAGAAUGGGUCUUCACCAUCUUUGCCUUUGCCACCACUGGAGGUUACUCUGGGGUAACCCACUUCAGUGUCAAAUGUGAAAAACCAGAGGACAAUCGGCCUACAAAUCCUGUGUUUAGCUACCCGUUCAGGUUGCCAGCGUACCCGUAUCAGAUAACUACAUGCAACGGCAGUCGAUCCAAUGACACCUUCCUGCAGGGUGACUUCUCCUCAUCGGCAGAGUUCUUUGUGUGCGUCGGCGUGUUUGGGUUCCUUUAUUGCACCGUCACACUGAUCCUCUACCUGGGCUACCAGAACAUCUACCGCCAGACCAGCCGUGGUCCCAUCGUCGAUCUGGUGGUGACCGCUGCCUUUGCCUUCCUGUGGCUUGUGUGCUCCUCAGCCUGGGGCAAAGGCCUGACUGAUGUCAAAUGGGCCACAAACCCAAACCAACUAAUCCAGACCCCGGCAUGCAAGGGCAUCUGUGAGGCCGGAGAGUUCCCUUCCAUGGGCCGCCUCAAUGCCUCAGUGAUAUUUGGCUUUUUGAACUUGAUCCUGUGGGCCAGUAACUGCUGGUUCAUUUACAAGGAGACUCCUUUCCACAAGGACCCCAACCCACCGGCCACCAUGGAGGAAGGAGGGGCCCCUGAGCCCUAGCCACAUCGCUGAGGGUCCUCAAGCAUUGCCUCUGUGCCUCCGGCAGACCCGCUUAGUGCCCAACACUGGUCUCUGAUGUUAUCCUGCAUAAAUGGAAACAAAUGGAAGCCUAUUGUCCUAAAUCCUGACCUAUACCUCCCUACACGUCUCAGAGCUGUAUUUCAGUUAUGGGUCUUUAGCUCACGUUAACUCGGUCCCCACUGACGAUAAGCAACCAUAAGUCAUUUUAAUUUUUUCUCCUAAAUCUGUCAUCGCUGUCUGUAUUUGGUGUUCAGGUCUGCAGUGCAUUUGCUUCCACAUUAGCACCCUGUUCCUCUUUUAUGUCCGGCCCUUCAGGAGCCACGUAAUGAGGAAGAUGUGAUGUAAGGACCCAGAGUCUCUACUGGUCUGCAGCCAGGGAGAAGCCAAAUGAUUUACAUAAGCUGAGAGCAAACAGCCCCUCAAUAAAGCAAGUGUUGCUAUGAGAAACACGAUCCAUGUUUUAGGUGGGAGCAAAUGCACUCCGAGGUUCUGAGCAGGAGUCCUUCUGUUAUAUAAUCUGGAAGAAGCUCGCUACAGUACAGAUUCCUAGUACUGUAACUAAACAUUUCAGUCACUUAACUUUCAAAACAUGUUUUUAUUAUUAUUUAUUUAAUUUCUUCUUCUUUUCUCCACGCCAUUUACCCGGCAGUGAUCUAAUCUAAUCUACCGACACUCGCAUAUACUUAAAGACCCCAUGGGGGUUUCAGUUUCAGCAGACGUUGGUUUUCGUGUGCUAAAAAAGAAUACACACUAAGUAAAAUAGAAAGACACACACACUACGAUAUACUGUUCUCAAAGUGGGGAAGCAGAGACUUUCCUUUCACUAGUGUAAUUUUGGGUGAUGCUUCAGGUUGGCUGUGACGGCGUUUAUCUUCAGCCUGUCUCCAGAAGCUGGUUCCCCACACGUUUACUCCAGUUGCUGUUGUACUUCAGACGUCAGGCCAGCCAGGUUUAGUUCUUGUUUCAUCCAAAUGUUACAUUGACACUACUCAACACUACGUCUCAUUCUGGUUUGAAUGAAAGGUGACUUAAAAUGACAUUAUUUAUAUACAGUUCAUGUAUUUUUUAUCAACACUAAUUAGUCCGUUGCAUAUUUUUAAAACCAAUGUUGGGUUUCUGUUAUUUCCCAAUGGAAAUGUUUCAGUGUGCAGCUUCUCUUUGAUUUUUAUUAAUUUCUUUUGUGAAGUCCGAUUUCCUAUUAAAUUUGUUGUAACACUGAGUAGCCUCAGGCCUAAUUGUGUGAUGAUAAAUAGUUUAAGUAACGAAAGAUUGAUGUAAUCUUGCUGUAUUUCUUAAUGACUACUGCCCAUUGUUGUGCUCUACAUGUGACUUAACAGCCAGCGCCAUACAUGAGAAGGCUUCGUGUUGAACUACAGCCACUCUUUGUCAGCACCUUGAUUAUUUGCUUUGCACUAGAUCUAAUGCGCUCUAAGAAGUUACACUUUUGAGUUAUUGGCCCACCUGUGCAGAUCUUCUGUUUCAUCGCUGGAGCCUCUGGAGGGAAUAAACAGGGCGACGUUUGAGUCACUGUCAGUCAAUAAGUUUGUUUUACACAUUGUAUUAAAUCACACACAUUUCUUAAGAUACUUUAUCAUUUUAAAAAGAUAAUUUUUAGUUAAAUUAGAGCACAGUAAUACUUGGGAUGUUUGGGUAAUACUUUAAUGACAUUGGACUUAAUGUACUUGAUGCUUUUUUUGUGUGCAAAAGGAAACUAUGGUUUAAGUGUAUUGACAAGUGUAAAAACAUGAGUGCUGUAA